AUGGUGGUGUCCGACUGUUGUGCUCCCUCUAAGGUCUUGAACUACAUAUGUCCUUCUAGCAGUAGCCCUGACUCUAAGUGCAUGUGGGCACAAUAUUUCCCAGUGACAAAUCUUGCCAAAUUCGAGAGAGUCCAUAGAGUCUUUGGACUAGAAGGCAUCGGCCACAUCCUGUGUAAACUCACACCUUCAGAACGUGAAAGUGCUGUCACGGCUCUAUGUCACGAGGCGGAUGCUCGCCUACGUGACCCCGUAUUUGGUUGUGUUGGCAUGGUCUUACAGCAUCAAAAAGAUCUCGAUGAUUUGAAUGAGAAAAUCAACUCCGCACAGAAUGAGCUCGCGUCCCUCGUAGGACCAGACAAUGUGCCAAAAUAUUAUGAACUUCCGAUCCCGGAUGAUUUCCUCGCUAGUGAGAAAAUGGACGAUCUUACCGAGGAUCAAAGGAAUCAUGUUACGCAACUUCCAACAGUUGAUGCGCAAAAGAUAUUAACUGAAAUGUUUGGGAAGAAAGAAGAUCAAGAGAUGUGUCAUGGUCAUGGAGCUGAUGGCGCAUCAACCUCUGCUGGGCCAUCAAAGGCUUAG